GGAGAACAUUACAUGAACAAGAGCCUUAUGACUUCCCAGGAUGCCUGUGAAGUGGAUGUCAGUUCUGCUGCUCCUGCAGAUGAGUUGUUACUUCAAGCAUGGGAAUUGUGGGAAGGUGUUGGUAUGGCCGAUGGAAUUCAGUCAUUGGAUGAAUCUGAAGAUAAUACUGGAUGAACUUGCACAGAGGGGUCAUGAAGUGACAGUUCUGAGACCCUCAUCUUCCAUCUUUCUUGAUCCCCAAAAAUCACCUAGCCUGAAGUUUGAAACUUUUCCUACAUCUAUUAGUAAAGAUGAUCUGGAAAUUUUUUAUACACAAUGGGUCAUUGGCUGGAUGAAUGAAGUACCACGAGAUACAUGCUUGAGAUAUUUUCCAUCGCUGGAUGAAGUGUAUAGGCAAUAUUCUGAUCUGUGGCUAAAUCUGUGUAAAGAAGCUGUUUUAAACAAACAGCUUCUGACAAAACUGCAAGAAUCGAAGUUUGAUGUCCUUCUUUCAGAUCCACAUGGUCCCUGUGGUGAGCUGAUAGCUGAAAUACUCCAAAUACCCUUUGUAUACAGCAUUCGCUAUUUUCCUGGCUAUGCAAUAGAAAAGACUAGUGGAGGACUUCUUUUCCCUCCCUCUUAUGUACCUAUUAUUUUGUCAGGAUUAAGUGGUCAAAUGACAUUUAUGGAGAGGGUGGAAAAUAUGAUGUGCAUGCUUUAUUUUGACUUUUGGUUCCAGCCAUUUAAUGAGAAGAAAUGGGGUCUGUUUUACACUGAAGUUUUGGGAAGACCUACUACAUUAGCUGAAAUGAUGAAGAAAACAGAGAUGUGGCUUAUUAGGUCUUACUGGGAUUUGGAGUUUCCUCGCCCAGUCUUACCAAAUGUUGUUUUUAUUGGUGGACAUCACUGCAAACCUGCCAAACCCUUGCCCAAGGAAAUAGAAGACUUUGUCCAGAGUUCUGGAGAACACGGUAUUGUGGUGUUUUCUCUGGGAUCAAUGGUCAGCAACAUGACAGAAGAAAAGGCCAUGGCAAUUGCAUCAGCCCUUGCACAAAUUCCACAAAAGGUUCUAUGGAGAUUUGAGGGCAAGAAACCAAAAAAUUUAGGACCGAAUACUCAUGUGUACAAGUGGAUCCCCCAGAACGACCUUCUGGGUCAUCCCAAAACCAAAGCUUUUGUAACUCAUGGUGGAGCCAAUGGGGUCUAUGAGGCGAUCCAUCAUGGGAUCCCCAUGGUCGGCAUCCCUUUAUUUGGGGAACAACGUGAUAACAUUGCUCACAUGAAAGCCAAAGGAGCCGCUGUUGGGUUGGAAUUCAGCACGAUGUCCAGUUCAGAUUUGCGCAAUGCACUGAAGGCAGUCAUUAACAACCCUUUCUAUAAAGAGAAAGCUAUGUGGUUGUCAACCAUUCACCACGACCAGCCUAUGAAGCCCCUGGACAGAGCUGUCUUCUGGAUUGAGUUUGUCAUGCGCCACAAAGGGGCCAAGCACCUGAAGUCACUUGCGUUUAACCUCACCUGGUACCAGUACCACUCUCUGGAUGUGAUUGGAUUCCUACUCGUCUGUGUGGCAGCCAUGGCUUUCCUUGUUGUAAAAUGCUGCUUGACUGUUUUCCGAUUCUUUGUAAGGACAGGAAAGAAAAAAAGAGAAUAGAGCUCUUUAAUAACAUGAAUAACAUCUACAGCCAUGAUGGGGAGGACUAUUCCAUUCAACUCUAACACUGUUUCAGGUGCAGCAAGAUUAUCUUUCUUGAUUUAGAAGAAACUGGGCUAUUUAGUUUAUAUGUAUAUAUAUUACAGCUUAAAACUUAAAAGAUUAACAAUUCCAAAUCUGUAUUUUCUCACAUAAUUAUAUUUCAUACUUAUUUAUUGAUGUAAUAAUCCUGAGAAUAAUGACAAUCACAGAAACAUCGACCUGUUUACUGGAGAAAAAAAGAGGGCCUGACAUAUAACUGUGAAUUUGCAGAUAUAUAGUUUUUUAAAUAAAAUGGAAGGAAAUGGACAUUCUGUCUGUCAAAGAAGAUUUUUUUUAAACCAGCAAAGUAGAGGGAAGAGAAUUCAGGAUACACUGAAGCCAACUCUAUAAGAAAAAGACAGCUGUUCUGACUCCAUUUUGUAUUUUGUUAGACAGUUCUCCAUCCUAUCCCUUCCUCUCCCAACAGUCAUGGCAGCCCAGGCCACAUGUUUGAGAUUUCCAUGCCCUUGACCAUCGUCUAGAUGUAUUAACUGAAAUAAUCAACAAAUUAGGUCUAAAAUAACUACCGUGUUCUGCCAGAAAUAAACACUUCAAGGUUACUUUGA